UGCCCUCCUCCUCCUCUCGCCCCGCACACCGCCUGCCCGCUCCGCGCCGCCCGGCGCCGUGCCCCCGGCAUGCCCCAGCCGCUGCCCCCCACGCAGCUGUACGCGGCGGAGCGGGCGGCGGUGCUGACCUCGUGCGUGCUGUCCUCGCUGGGCUCCGGCCUCUUGGUGGGCACCCACGCUCUGUGGCCGGAGCUGCGGACCCGUCCCCGGCAGCUCCUGCUCUACCUCUCCCUGGCCGACCUCCUCUCCGCCCUCUCUUACUUCUACGGGGUGCUGCAGGACUUCGAUAGGACGUCGUGGGACUGCGUGCUGCAGGGCGCCCUGUCCACCUUCUCCAACACCAGCUCCUUCUUCUGGACCAUGGCCGUUGCCCUCUACCUCUAUGUCACCAUUGUGAGGGGCUCGCCCACGGGCGCGGGCUUGCUCUGCUGCUUCCACGUUGUGAGCUGGGGAGUCCCCCUUGCCAUUACGAUUGCAGCUGUUGCUCUGAAGAAGAUUGGCUACGAUGCCUCCAACGUUUCUGUGGGCUGGUGUUGGGUCAACUUGGAUGCGGAAGAUCGGGUGCUGUGGAUGCUGCUAACGGGGAAAGUUUGGGAGAUACUGGCCUAUGUGACUUUGCCGGUGCUCUACAUCCUCAUCAAGAAGCACAUCAAUAGAGCGCAUGCAGCUCUCUUAGAGUAUCGUCCCAUUCUCUCAAGAGCACCUGCUCUUCAGCCAUGGACUUCCACAGCAGAUAAGAAGUUGAUUCUCAUCCCUGUCAUCUUCAUCAUCCUCCGUAUCUGGAGCACAGUACGCUUCAUUCUGACGCUCUGCAACUCCCCUGCAGUACAAAAUUCAGUCCUGGUUGUCCUGCAUGGAAUUGGAAACACGUUUCAAGGAGGUGCCAACUGUAUUAUGUUUGUCCUCUGCACGCGUGUGGUCCGGGCUCGGCUGCUUUCCUCCAUUUGCUGUUGCCACCACGAUGACGUGGGUUGGCCUUGGCGAAGCUCAAGCGGCAGCCGGCAGCAGCCAGACCCUGCUGAGAACGAGGUCGUGCCAGACCCUGAGCGGACGAAGCCCCUGCUGUCCAGCACCUGAGCCUGCGCUGCCCGUGUCUUGGCGCUGAUUCCAUCCUUCUGGGUGCGGGAUCUUCCCCGAGCCCCACAGGGGGAGCUAAAGCCUGGGGAAAAGCACCGCUGGAGCGGCCGAGUGCAGUGAAGAUGUCCCACCGCUGUGGGUUCGGAUCCCUGCUGCUGCAGUCUUGAACUUUGCUCAGGAUCCUCUGGAAGAUGCUGUGCGGCUCACUCCAGCUUCCUGGUUUUCUUCCCUCCUUCUCCUCUCCUUCCACCGUACAUCUGAAGUUGCUUGGAGUUUGGCUUUUCCGUCUGACAGGGCGAAUGUGUUGUGAGUUCUGGGGUGAACAAAUAUGGGUAUAGGGGAACUUUAGCUGCUGCUGAAUAGGACUGCCCUGGGCGUGGAUUCCAGUCCUCACGUGUGAGCUCUGCUGGGAGCUCUGGCUUGGCUCGCACUCUUCACUUGAACGUGGACAACAGUGUGCAGACAUUGGUUUUGUGGUGAAGGUGGAUGGUUCUUCAUGCUCUAUUCCUCCUCCUCAGCGGUCACGGGUUGCUAUCAGGGUUUGUGGUGGCUGCAUGCUUACUGCCUGCUGGGGACGUCUGAACUGUGGGGGUACGUGGGUGUCCCAGCCUCCAGCAGGGAGGAUGCACCUGGUGGCUGCACUGCACUGCACAGGGCUGUGCUCUGUUCUUGGCCUGCAGGUGCUGGAUCAGAGCUGGGGAGGGUUGGUUGGUUGCUGUUUGCAGGUGCUGUUUGAACCUAUGGACAACUCCUCGCUUGUGUUUUUUUUUUUUAAGUAUUUUCUCCAACUUCUACAAAAUAAAGUUUUGUUUCUUUACCAAGGUGUUGUUCAAGUUGUGGUGGCCUCUCAGUGCCUUGAAGAAUACGGAUGAGAAACUGUUCCAAGAUCUUUCCUCAGGUUUCUUGUGUGUACCUUAAAGGUUGUGCUGGAGGACAAAUCUCUUGUGUCUAUAUGUAGAUGAGUUUCUCUUCGUAUCUCUUGUGUGCAUAGCAUACAAAACCUUUCCAACCUUUUAUCGGUUUGAGCAACCUGUUCACCACUCGGCAUUAUUAUGUUUGAUUCCCACUGGCCGAUUGCCGUGAACUGUGAUAAGAUUCAAGUGUGUGGGUCUUGCUUUCCGUACAUUCUGUUGACCUUAUGGGCUGUGACUCUUCAGCUUUGUGAGAUUACAAAUGUUAUCUAAUCAUGAAAAUACAAGUUGAAUUUCCUCCAUGUGAGGCCAUGCUGUAAAGUGCGUGGGACUAAUGCUGCUGAGAGCUGGAGCUCAACCAGGGCUUGCCCAAAUAGAUCAAAUUCAAGUUUUUAUGGAAAAAGGGGCGGGCUUUCAGCUGAGUAAUGCUGUGUAAGCUGCAUGCAUUCCAAGCAGUGACAGAGCUGUUCUUGGUUGCAAACUUCAUCUCAUGGGGCUGGGAGUGGCUGAGCCCUGGUGCAAGCAGUGGUGCAGGCCCAUGGCUAUUUUCACAACUGAUUGAGCAACUGUGCCUGCUUCUUGGGUUGCACAAUGCUUCCCAUCUGAGGUAUCUGCUUUUCUGUGGCUUAGAACUGUGCCCCGAAUUUAACUUCUUGACCCAGAAAUGUUCUCUGCUAGAGGCCUGCUGCAGGGCUGGUGAGGAAAUGAGUCCAGAUGCUGCAGAGAGAGGGAAGCUUGUUUGUUCUGCAGUGUUAGAAGUGAUGGACUGCUCUGUCAGGGGGACUUACUGACAACACUGCGUUGUGACUACAUUACAAGCCUUUGAAGAAACGUUAGCUUGCACUUCAAGGGUUGUCUUUUAGUUAAUCUGUCCUAAAUACUGCCGUGACUUUGCCCCUUGGAGCUCCUCCACUCACGGACUUGGCCUUGGUGUCAGAAUGAAGGGCAGGAGCUGUGUGCUGGCCUCCACCAGCUCUCCUGGGGGUCUUAGAAGUUCACAGGGCAGUUUUAAAGAUCUCAAGGUGGAAAGAGCUUAGGCGUGGGAGUGUGCUGACUGCCUGCUAUGGAAUGGAGGAGUGGGGCCUGGUGAGGAGAAGGAAAAAAAGGGCUGCAAAGAGCAGAGCUCGUUAGGCAAAGAGCUGGAAGACAACCAGGCAAAAGAUGAAGGUGACAUGGGGUGGUUGAAAAGAGAGGAUAAAAAACUCUUAUCCAUGCAAACCUGCAGGGAACCACAGAAUUGGAUGCAGAGCAGCACGAGCUUGCAAAAGGCAAGUCUUGGCUGGCACAGCUGUGCUUCUGCCCUGGGCAGAAGUGUGAACCCACUGAAGUUCAAGAGGGCACCGUGGGCAUUCGGACAGGUGCUUCUGCUGAACGAAGUGCAGAUGGAGCUUUAAUAUCCAAGCAUUCCAACACUUUCCGAAACAUCUGCUUCAGCAGACAACCAUGCCAAUGGAGAAAGGACUGGACAGUUCCCAGAGCAAAUUGUCAAGGCCUAAUCCGGUAAGUUCACAGAUCUGUCUGCCCCUCUGUUCUUGUUUUGGGGGAUGUGCGUGUGGCUGGGGCUCUUCUGAGGUGGUCUUUGACAGUUGCUGUGGAAAAGGAAGAAAGCUGGCAGGAUGCCUCCCAGUAUUCCUUUUGUGCAGCCAGAAUAGAGUCUUGACUGCCUCUUAGUUGCUGGACUAGUGUGUUACUGUUACCUGCAAAAUGGGCCCGUUUUAUCCCGGACUCUCUUUUAUUGUUGACAGGCGUUCAGACUGCCAUGUCUACAUCUUGCUUAACUGUCUGGAAGCCACUACACAGCUAAUAAGGCAGUAUCUGUACGUGACUUGUCUGCAGGUAAAUAACUUGUUUGCUAAAUUAUGGUCUCACCUUGAGGCCCCAGUUGUAGCUCCGGGCUACGUGUGGUAUUGAUUUACCCUUGCUAUGCAUACAGUUCCUUCCCAAACUGCGAGUGAAGGGGCUGCCCGUGUCACUCAUGGACAGGCUGUGCUGUGGGGUGCCUCCUAAUGAGUCUCCUUACCCCAGGCACUGCAGCUCCCAGCCUAAUGGCAGCUUUUCCAUGGCUCGCUGCUGCUGUUCUUAACUGCAUGCAUCUUCAGCAGAUUGACUCUCCUGGAAACUAAGCCUCAUCUUUUAAUUACAUUUGCCCCCCUUUUGCCAGAGAUAGCAGGAUGUUGUAGGGUCUGGCUCUGAGCGCAGACAGCUGGGCUGGGUGUAAGCAGUUCCCUGCAUACUUGCAUGGGAGCUCUGACCAUGCAGUGGACAAGUGCAGAGGAGAGAAAAUAGCUGUGCUGAGAGAAACGUGAUAGUAAAAUUCCUAUGAAGCUGGCUCUCUUGGUGCUGGCUCUGCUCUGCUCUUUGCUCAAGUCCAACGGGGUCUGAGCGGUUGGAGGCAACAGUUAUUGCCCUGCAAUUACUGUGAAAGUUCAAGGAGAUUUGCUCCCCAUCUUGUCUCCCUUCACUGACAUCUCCCAGGUUCAGUGCUGAUUGGCACCUUAGGGAUGAUGCUGUCAGGUUCUCGCUGUGAUUGGCAAAUACUCAAACCAUUCUACUGGCAUAAGCAAAUAUUUAUGCCCUGAUGAAGGUCCUCUGUUGGCAGAUGCAUCUUCUUUUUGAUUUCCUUGUAUGUCAAGGUCAUCUAUGUCUUCAGGCUCAGGGAAAGAGUUUGAAAACCAUGACAGAAAACUCUUCUGUCUUACAAUUACUGAAUAUUGGAGUGGCUGUCAGGCUGCCCAGAGCUCCCAGAAGAACGGCACUUUUCAAAGGGCAGGAAUUUUUUGUGAGAGGUUUGUCCUCCUUGCAAAUUCCCCACCCUUGGGGCAGAAUAACUCACCUGUCAUUGCCUUCUUCUGACCAAAGAUCUAUGGGAGUGAGAACUACAGUAGCUGCUGAGUGAGCUGUAACUUGUCCCGUUUAUUUUGGGGUGCUUUAAACAAUUUUUGAAGGCAGUGUGGUAGUAGCUCCUUUGAUAUCAAAGUUAGUACAUGCUGGCUGCAGUCCCUCAGUGGGAAUGCUGAGGCUGGGUGAGUGCUGUUGGCACAAUGGACAUCCUGCUUGCAUCUCUGUGCGGCUGAGACCCCAAGGGAUGAAUACGUGGGAGCGUGGAGCAGGUUCCUGAAGGACGCAGGAGUGUUCUUGAUGUGAGCCACUGAGAAUGGUUUCUGUAGGAAGAGUACUGACUUGGUUUUUGUGAGUCCCUUCCAACUUGGGUUAUUCUGUGAUUCUUUGACUUGUCACAAAAUCUGGCCAAAUGAUGUUGUGGAGGUCGUUAUCUUACGGCAGGUCAAGGAAGGGACGAAUAGCAAAAGUCUUGGGACUGCAUUCCACUGCCCCGAAGCAGAAGGGCUCUGUUCCCCUUCCUAUUUUUAGAGUCUUGCCAGUUUCUAAGCUUUGCUUACAGUACGAGCUGACAGCCAGUCAGUCCGCCCUGCCCUGCAUAUGGAUGACCACGUCCAUCGCUUCCUACUGCCAGCAGCACUGUAGCAUUGACAUAAGCAGCUUUAGCAAGCACACCCAUAGGAAGCAGUGCCUGGCUUCGCUCCUCCUGGGCCCUCGCUAUUUCUGCUGCGUGUUCUUUGCCCUUUAAAAUAUCUUUCCAGAAAUAUUAGUAAUGGGUGCAAAAAGAUAAUCAAGGACAAAAAAAAUAUGCUGAGCAGACUGUGUACCUGAUGUCUUCAUCAGGAGGGGAGGCUGCAGCCAGCUGAGGAAUGCAUGCAGGACGCAUGAAGCGUGUCUGGCCCAAGACUGGCGUUUCUUCAAGUGAGUGUUAAAGACAGCGGGACUGAUAAUGUGGUUUGGUUCAAGUUACUCUUGCUGCCGGGGGUAUCUGUGAACUUUGUAUUGCGUUGAUAAACUCUAAGAGUUGUAGUUAAUGGUUAACUAAGCCCUGGGCUGCUGGAGGUAGUCUCCUCGUGUAGGAGGGUAAGGCUGAGCCGGCAGCAUGGUACAGCUCGCACAGAGCAGGAAAGGAGCUAUUAUGCUUUGCUGUAAAACCAGCACGUUCUGUGCGUUGGCAAGAACAAACCCAAGGAGGAGGAACCUGCAGUCUGCAGCUGUGCUUGGAGGGAGCUGCUCUGCAGGGUGGGACCAGGCGUGGUAUUUCUGCUUGGGGGUAGAGGUGGAACCUGGCUGCAGGGUUAGUGCAGCUCGAGGUUAUCGCUGACCCAUGGCAAAAGCCCUCACUGAGGCUCCAUGGAAUGUUCUAUUUUCCCUGGAACACGGUGGUUGCCAGGCAGUGGCUGCAGUUGCUGCAGCGCAGGGGUUGUGGCUGAGGGAACAACAGCUCUCCUGCUGUCAGCUCGGCUGCUCCGCACACUUGCACUGGGGAGCGGCGCCUCUGGGAGCCUUGGCCAGAAGCCUGCCCUGCAAGUGGGGCGGAUGAGCCUGCUUCCCCUGCAGCUGGCUCUGCUUUGAGUCUGGAUCUGGCCCGAGAACAUCUGACAGU